AAGAUUAUGAUACGUGCCAGUUUGCGCUAAUAUAAGCUGAUGAGAGUUUGCUGAUAGCAAAAACAAUUAAGAUAUAGCAAUUUUAAGAAAACAGCUGAACUUAUUACAGGCUUCCAUAAAGUAAAUUUUACCUGAGACCUAAUUAAAAUAUGUAAAAGGCUAAUAACUAAUCAAAAUAAAAUCAAAAACACCCAGCUUUGACUACUUUAUCGCUCUUAUACUGGCAUAGUUCUCUAUUUCUAGAAACAUCUCACGUAUCUACCAAAAAAAAUAUUUGCCAAUUAUCACCUGCACUUAAUUGAUCUAUCAGCCCACAAAAUAUUGUAUAUGCGGUUAUCUUCAGGUUUUUUGGUUGUGUCUAUAAAACACGAAUAACCUGCAGAGCAUUGUUCAGUUGUUUCCCGUGCUUCGACUUCUGCAGAGCAACCGUGUAUUUUUACUUAUCUCAGAUUCCUGAACCGUGAAAUGGACUUCUACUACAGACCCGGAUCUGCUCCCUGCCGUUCUGUUCUGAUGACAGCCAAGGCCCUGGGUGUGGACUUCGAUAAGAAGACAAUUAUAGACACUCGUGCUAGAGAGCAAUUCAAGCCGGAAUACCUGAAGAUCAAUCCCCAGCACACGAUCCCCACUCUGAACGAUAAUGGCUUGGCUUUGUGGGAAUCGCGUGCAAUUAUGGUUUAUCUGGUGGAGAAGUACGGCAAGGACGACAAGCUUUUUCCCAAGGAUAUUCAGAAGCAGGCUUUGAUAAACCAGCGCUUGUACUUCGAUAUGGGAACCCUUUAUAAAAGCUUCUCCGAGUACUAUUAUCCCCAGAUUUUCCUGAAGUUGCCUGCCAAUGAGGAGAACUACAAGAAGAUCGAAGUCGCCUUCAACUUCCUGAACACCUUCCUGGAAGGACAGACCUUCACCGCUGGCGAAGACUAUAGCCUGGCCGACGUCGCCUUCCUGGCCUCCGUUUCCACCUUCGAUGUGGCCGGAUUCGAUUUCAAGCGGUAUGCCAACGUGGCCCGCUGGUAUGAGCAGGCCAAGAAACUCACUCCCGGCUGGGAGGAAAACUGGGCUGGUUGCCAGGAGUUCCGGAAAUACUUCGACAACUGAUCAUUUUAAUCUCGACUUUUUUCCCUUGGUUCUUAUCAAUAAACAUUUAACCUAAGCUGACUAACUAAAGAUUCAACUAAGUUUCUGCCUACACUAAAUGUUAAUAAGUAAAAUUCGAUUGU